AUGGAAAAUCAAUUGGACAAAACGGUCAAACGGUUCCGAAGCGACAAUGGUGGUGAGUACAUCUCCAACGACCUUCAACAAUUCUUUGCCUCUGAAGGCAUAAAGCAUGAAUUCACUGUAGCCUACUCUCAUGAGUCAAACGGAACAGCAGAACACUUUAACAGAACAAUAGCAACAAUGGCACAAUCCGCCUUGCUCGACCACGAUCUUUCACGAAAUCUAUGGGCAGAAGCGAUCAAUUCAAUAGUACACGUCAAAAAUCGUAUUCCGCAUAAAGCACUCCCAAAUAUGACGCCAUAUGAAACACUCACCAGCAAGAAACCCUUCAUUGGGCAUCUUUGA